AUGCUCGUCGAGCUCAAGAACGGCGAGACCCUCAACGGCCACCUCGUCAUGUGCGACACGUGGAUGAACCUCACGCUGAAGGAGGUCGUCCAGACGAGUCCCGAAGGCGACAAGUUUGUCAAGAUUCCCGAGGUAUACGUCAAGGGGAACAACGUGCGUACACAUCUCUGUUUAUUCAUUCGCUCAAGCGCAAACGCAAAGCUGAUCGCCGGACUACAGAUCAAGUACCUCCGCGUACCGGACGACAUUUCCGACAUUGUCAAGGAGAACCAGCAGAACAACCAAGGCGGAUUCAGAGGCGGACGCGGCGGCGGGAGGGGCGAUCACCGCGGCGGCGACCGCGGCAGGGGACGGGGACAGGGCCGUGGCAGGGGGAGGGGGCGCGGCGCUUGA